AUGACUACUAUGUUUGACCCUUCGAUGUCUACCAGCUUCUCCAGCAGCAUGAUGCGACCACCUAUGUCUUCCGCAGACACCCUAUCGAUGGCAGAUACGCUACCAAGUAUUAACUUUGGUUUUGAUGAGUUGCGCGACAGAAUGGCAAAAUUUACAGUCAAAUUUGAUGCCUUUAUAGAGCAAGGGAGGAAGCGCGUUUUGGAGGAAAGAAACCAGUUCCGAAUGAAUGUUACUGAAUUGCAUGAGGAUCAACGUAUGAAGAAAAGAGAUAUCGAAGUCUUGUCGUCAAAAAGUAGUUCGCAUCAACAGACCCUCGCGAAGGAGGCCGCGGAAACGGCCGAAAUGCAAGCAGCGAUUGCAUCGUUGAGUGCUCAACGAGACGCACAACUUGCAACAAGGGAAGCCUUGAAAAAUCAGAUCACCGAAACACAAAAGGCUAUAAAUGGACGAGUUACUGCGCAGAAAUCUCAUGCUCAAUAUAUCGACAAGCAAGCUCGAUUCAAUGUACCUGAACUGGACUUCUGGACUUCGAAUUUGGGUCUAUUGAUUGAAGGGGCUGGGCAAAAUGAUCGAUUGAAGUUUAUCUUCACGAAUGUUGAUGAUAGUGAUUACGAUAAAGAGGCUUGGUUUGAGCUUGAUACGUCGAAGAGGGACUAUGAUAUCCCAUAUUGCAAGCCGAAAUUGGACAAGGAGCAAAUCGAAAGGGUAGUGGAUAAGUUGAAUGAGACUCGGGAUUUACGUGUAUUGUUGAAGGGGAUGAGAGAAUUAUUUGUUGAAGCUGUGAAGAAUUAA